CAUAGUCAUCCUUCUACAUAAUCCAUACAAACGGAAACCAUCCAAAAUUUUUCUGUUCUUUCAGUUCAGUAAUCUAUUAGCAUUUAUAGAAUGCUUCUUCGGACCCUUUUGUUUUCCCAAAAUCUCAGGCAUGGAAGGUAUGCUUUUAAUAAAAAUCUUAUAAAGAUGGGAUUUUUAUCGUAUUUCGAUAACCCCGUUUCGAAUUCCCCACCAAUCAAUGCGGAGAACUGUAAAUUUAUUAGAAAUUACUGUUCAGGGAAUCAUAGGAGUGAAGAUUCCACCGAGUGGACUGAGGAAAUACAGUAUUUGGAUGAGUCAGGAAGUGUUAUUUUCUCCGGUAAGGGAAUAAGAUCAGUCGAGCCAGGGGUAGAUGACCAUGUAAUGGUGGGAGGGAUUAAAAAGCCCAUGUUGAAUGCCUCUGCCGUUGCUAAGAUGGUUGAGGUUGUAAAGAGGUGGAGAUGGGGCCCUGAUAUGGAGACCCAAUUGGAUAAAUUGCAGUUUCUGCCAAAUAUGACUCACAUUGUGCAGGCCUUGAAGAUCAUAGAUGAUGCUGAUGCUUCAUUGAGUCUGUUUCGAUGGGCUAAGAGGCAAUCUUGGUACGUACCAAAUGAUGAAUGCUAUAUUACAUUGUUUGAUAGGUUGAAUUUGAGCAGGGAUUUUGAUGAAAUACGGUUGGUUUUUGAUGAAAUGGUUCGUGAUUCCGGUGAAAAUUUGAUGUCGUCCUUUCGUGCAUACAACAGGGUAAUUCAAUACUUGGCUAAGGCUGAGAAAUUGGAGGUGGCAUUCUGUUGUUUCAAGAAAAUUCAGGAGUCUGGUUGUAAACUUGACAUCCAAUCAUAUAAUUCGCUCAUAACUUUGUUUCUGAAUAAAGGGUUGCCUUAUAAGGCAUUUGAGAUUUAUGAAAACAUGGAAAAAGCUGGUUGUUCCUUGGAUGCUUCGACUUAUGACUUGAUGAUACCGAACCUUGCUAAGUCUGGUCGUCUUGACGCGGCAAUGAAGCUUUUUCAGGAGAUGAAAGAGAAGAAUUAUCGACCAAGUUUUGGGAUUUUUGCUUCUCUUGUUGAUUCAAUGGGUAAGGCUGGGAGGUUAGAUACAUCAAUGAAAUUAUACAUGGAAAUGCAAGGUCUUGGGUUGAGGACAUCUGGAGCCAUGUAUGUUUCUCUAAUUGAGUCAUAUGUUAAGGCUGGAAAGCUGGAGACAGCUCUCAGGCUGUGGGACGAGAUGAAGAAGGCAGGAUUUAGACCUAACUAUGGGCUCUACACCAUAAUUGUUGAGUCCCAUGCCAAGUCUGGGAAGCUCGAUAUUGCAAUGUCGAUCUUCUCGGAUAUGGAAAAGGCUGGAUUUCUACCUACUCCAUCCACCUACUCCUCUCUUCUGGAGAUGCAUGCUGCUUCUGGUCAAGUAGAUGCUGCCAUGAAAUUGUAUAACUCGACGACGAAUGCUGGUUUGAGACCAGGUUUAAGCACUUACUCAGCUCUUCUGAGUUUACUUGCAAAGAAGAAGCUUGUGGAUGUGGCUGCAAAAAUCUUGCUUGAGAUGAAGACCAUGGGAUACUCUAUUGAAGUGAACGCUAGUGACAUUCUGAUGAUUUACAUUAAGGAUGGUUCCGUUGAUCUUGCUUUGAAGUGGCUGCAGUUCAUGGGUUCAUCAGGCAUCCGAACAAAUAACUUCAUAAUUCGGCAGCUCUUUGAAUCGUGCAUGAAGAGUGGCUUAUACGAGUCUGCCAAACCUCUCCUUGAAACGUAUGUAAAUUCUGCUGCUAAGGUUGAUCUCAUACUUUACACAUCAAUUCUAGCCUAUCUUGUUAGGUGCCAGGACGAGAACACUGAGAGGCAUUUGAUGUCAAUCUUGAGUACUACAAAGCACAAGGCUCACGCAUUUUUGUGUGGACUCUUCACAGGACCUGAACAGAGGAAACAACCAGUUUUAUCAUUUGUUAGGGAGUUUUUCCAAGGUAUUGAUUAUGAGUUGGAGGAAGGAGCUGCAAGAUAUUUUGUUAAUGUCCUUCUUAAUUACCUUGUUCUAAUGGGGCAAAUAAAUCGUGCUCGUUGUGUUUGGAAAGUUGCUUACGAGAACAAGCUCUUUCCCAAGGCAAUAGUGUUUGAUCAACACAUUGCCUGGUCUCUUGAUGUUAGGAACUUGUCAGUUGGAGCAGCUCUUAUAGCAGUUGUACACACCCUUCAUAGAUUCAGAAAGCGCAUGUUGUACUACGGUGUUGUCCCAAGACGGAUCAAAUUAGUCACGGGACCAAAUUUGAAGAUUGUGAUUGCUCAAAUGCUGAGCUCAGUUGAAUCACCAUUUGAGGUCAGUAAGGUUGUUUUGAGGGCUCCAGGGGAUACAGUGCUAGAGUGGUUUAAGAAACCAAUUGUACAGCAAUUCCUUGUGAAUGAGAUUCCAUCAAGAUCAGAUAUUUUGAUGCAUAAAUUAAACACCCUUUUUCCUAGUUCAGCACCUGAAAUAAGAUCUCUGUCCCCUCCUAAACCUCUUGUUUCCGGGAAGGCUCUGUAACUAUGAACACGUGUAAUGUACUACAAUUCAAGUUAUUGAUUAACUGAUGCCAGGUUUGCACGAGUAUUUGAAAGUAAUGAUGCCUCCAUGUUUUAAUUUGAUGAUUUUCUUGCUGCGGAUUGAGUCUUGAGCUUAAAACUAGGUUGAACUCUUUUGGUAGUUGUUUGACAUUUCCAUCUGUGAUAUCUGAAUGGUGUUUAUUUGAGUUUGAUCUUA